CCCCCUCGAAGCCUCCGUCCUCGCCAGUCCAAUCUCCAACGUCGGAACUCCGAAGAACCACCCCCAAAUUACGCAGUAGCCCGUACGAAUCUCCGCUCGCCAUGGACGCCGUGGCCUCAUCCCGGAACACCGUUGCACUGGCGGCGCCCGCGGCGGUGCCGCUGGAGGCUCAUGCCCAAAACCCUAGCAUUGCCAUCGCUAACCCGCCGUCGCCGGAGAUGGAGGCUACAGCGGAGGCGCUCACGCAGGAGGAGGUCCUUCGCCGGCGCCGGCGCCGCGCGGCCCGGCUAGCUGGUGUGUACCGCCGGCUCUACUGGGCCAUGGCCGAGGAGGUGCGCGCGCGGCACCGGCAGUACGUCUGGGAUCUCGCCCGGAGCCCACUGGAGGCAGAGCAGCCGCCGGCGCCUCCUGGGGGUCCCGUCCCGGCGGCGGUUGGGGAGCCGCCGAAGCCGGCACCGGUGCCGAGGAGGAAGAAGUGCGGGUUCACAGGGUGCAAGGUGCGGGCCAUGGCCACAACCCGCUUCUGCCACUCUCACAUCCUCUCCGAUCCCAAACAGAUGCUGUACAAGCCCUGCGCGUCCAUCAUCAAAAGUGGGCCACAGGGUGGGCUUGUCACCUGUGGUAGACCGAUCAUAAAGUCUGCAGCUCCCUCCUUAUGUAAUAUGCACUUGCAAAAAUGCCAGAAAAACAUUGCAGCGGCUUAUAGGAAGGUUGGCUUUAACCCAUCCCUUACAGGCAAAGUCACCCCAAAGUUUAGUGUUUUGGUUGCUGAAUGUGUUCGUCAGAUCCAAGACAAAAGGAGAAAAUCACUGAAAGCUACAGCACAAUAGAAAUGUCCUAAAGACGGAAAUGUUGAUUGAAUCAUACUUGAUCUACAUGUGUGUGCAUAAACUUCAUGGGAAUAUUAUUCUGAGGUUUAUCCAAAACAGUGAUAACGGCAGGUUAGUACAGUCAGUCCUGCUCCUACUGGAAUGAUAUGAAUAAUGGAAACUUGCAUCAUACGCAUUAGUUGAAGAUUGAAGUGUCAUUGGAAGAAUGGAUGUCGGGAAUAAUUGUUAACAGCAUAUUUGAAAUGAAAAAUUGAAUGGACAACAUCAUGGGAGAAUCAAGUAUCUGUGAGAGCCUGCAGCAUACAGUUAUAGAAUCCUACUUACAUGGGCAGCAGCAUGUUCUAUUGUUUAUCGGGCAGUCUUUAUCUUGGGCUUUGUGAGUUGCUGAAGAUGCAGCAAGACUGCAUGGUUGAUAUGAUGGUGUGUUGAACAUCAUCAGCUUGCUGGCAGUAUUAUACAGCCUGCAUGAAACUGGUGAUUGCCAGCAUGAAAUACCUACCUACAUGGGCUCGAAUGAAAAACUUGACCACUCCUAGAAUGUCACCGUUCACAUAUUGAUUUGGAUUCCAUUUUGGUGUUACACAGAUCCGAAUUGCAACCUGUAUUGCAUUUAUUGGUAGCUCGGUGUGGAAAAUGUGCAUAUUCUGGAGGAAGCAAAAUUAUUUCUUGCCAAAUUGAGAUUCAGUACAGGUGCUUAUUCUGUUCUUUGCAGAGAGAUGUAUGAAUGCAAGAUCUGUACUUCCAUGGCAAAUGAACUGUGCAAUAUGAGAUGGUACGAGAAUGUUGCACAUCAUGAACGAAAGUAAAGAGCUUUAUAUAGCAUACAGCUAUGAGGAUUUAUGUUUAUUGGACAUUCGUUGCUUGGUACUGUUAUAAAAUUUCGUGAUGUUGCGCAAAUAAUUACCCUUGGUGGUUCAAAUCUGACUACAAUGUAUGGGUGUACCGGAUUGUUUGGUUGCAGUUACCUGUAAGAGCUCAGGUCUGAUAAAGGCUAAGGCGACAAACAGAAGAUUAUUUUUCCUGAUACCACAGUUGACAGUUUUGCUAUUACCUGUUAGAUGUUCCAAUAUGUAAAUCAGUAAAUAGCACUUGAGCUUACUUCUUGUUUAUCUUAUCCUCAGAUUUGU